AUGGGUGCAUGGGACUGGCUAAAGUUAUGCAAAAAGGUGAAGGACAUAGAGGAGCAAUAUGCAAAGAGUGACCAUGUCGUGGACUUGGUAACAGAAACAUUUAUUAUUUCCGUUGAUGAUUCUGAUGACGAUGAUGCUACUAGUACCAACGACAGAAGCAGCCCUGAGCCCGGACCCUCAACAAGCAAAAGGCCCUGUCGUGAUACCAUUGAAGGCGUGAUACCACUGGCUGAUUCAGACUAG